AUGUUUCACAACAAAAAGCGUGGUCAUGCGGAGGACCUGGCCUCGCCCUCCAAGAAACUUCGCAGUCGUGUGGAGAACUUGUACUUGAGUGGCCGACUCACUGGUCAGGAUGCUGCGGAGCUGCAGAUGGAUGCCUCCGACUGCGGCAUGUCGGGCUUCAAGCGUCGAAGUGUGGGCACGGAAGGCUGCAAACUUAACAGAAACGCGGCCAGAGACAUGCUGCGCAGGUGCCUUCGCAAAAGUCAGUGGCCGGAAAUAUACGAAGCUGAAAUUCGUGUCUGGGACGAGAAGCUGAACGUCACCAAGUACGCCAAGGUGGCCUUCAUGCUGCCGCAUGAGAUUUUGAACUCUUUGUUCAAGAAGAACCCCAAGUUCAAUUUCGAGGACUUGACUGCCGCGGCCGAGUCUGCGCGGCAGCACUGUCGGGAUGUCACGGAAGGCUACGGCCAGACUAUGAUUCCGAUGGCACUGUGGUGCGACGGCACUCCCUACAGUUGGGACCGGACAUCUAGUCUCGAAGUCACCAUGAUGAGUUUGCCCGGGCUGGGGCCGCCCAACUCGACAUGGCGUUUUCCCGUCACAGCCCUACCCAAGAAUUGCAUCGCCAAAGGAGAAACUUUCGAAGAUAUUUGGGAAAUUGCUGGGCGCGCCAAAGUAGCUGGGCACACGAUUCCUCAUCGCUGCGUUUUGGCUGAAGUUCGUGCAGACUGGAAGUGCUUGUCAGAAGUGUUUGGCCUUCCGAACUGGAAGUCCACUAGCGGCAUCUGCGCGCGGUGUUCGGCAACACCGGAGUCUUUCCGCGAUUUUUCCUCGGAAGCCGCUUGGCGUCGUGAGCGCUAUGACCAUGAUGCUUUUGCGCAGCGCCAGCUGGCCGAUGGCAAAAAGCUUUCAGGUAUUUUCUCAUGCCCUCACUUUGUCACGACGUGUUUCAAAAUCGAUUGGCUGCAUGUCAUGGACCUGGGAUGCUCCCAGGAUGCUUUGGGGAACAUAUUUUGGCACAUUUUGCCUCAGCUGGGGCCCAAUCAAAGCGCUCAGGUAGCCGCCAUGCACUUGGCAAUGAAGCAGUACUACAGAGAAAACACGGUGCAGGACACCAUUGACAAGCUGACUGUGACUAUGAUCCGGAAGAAGGCCAACGCAACACCCAAACUGAACGCCAGGGCGGCGGAAACCAGAGCUCUCAUCCCUUUUGCGCUCCAGCUGGCUGAGAAAUAUCUAAGCGGUGGAAGCAAAUUUGACAAAACUGUUCUUCGAACGAUGCAGCAUUUGGCCCAUGCUUAUGACUGCUUGAGCCGCGAGAACUGGAACGCUGAAGUUUUGCGAGUUGAGUGCUUCAAGUUUCUCAAGCGAUACUGUUCCUUGGAAGAUGCUAGUCAGGACGAGAACGCUUGGAGGAUGAAACCAAAAUUUCACAUGAUGGCUGAGAUAGCCUUGGAGCUCGACAACCCUUCCUGCAACUGGUGCUAUCGCGAUGAAGAAGCAGGUGGAACCAUGGCUCGCAUUGCUUACGCCAAGGGCGGCAACGUUACUCCCUGGGCUGUCUCGAGCCGACUUUUGCGCAAGUUUUGCGCGGAGUUUCCAGUGCCAGUGUUGGUGUAA